GUCGUGGACACCUGUAUCCCCUUUUUCCCCCAAGAACACCUCUAUCCCCCUUUCCUCUACAAGCGAGCAGCUCGUGGCGGCGGCGCUAGUUUCGGCCACCUGCGGCCAAGGAAAAAUGGAGGAUGCUGAUCUGGAGUUUCUGCUUGAUGUCGUGGACAGGUUCCCGCUGUGGGAGGAGUUUGGGGACAACAUUAAACACCCAGAUCCGGUUCCUCUGGCCGGGUUUAGUUGAGGUCAACGGGUCGGCGACGAAGGACCUGAAAAGGCACGAGGUGGAGGCCGCCGUUGUCCAAAUUCAUCUCCGAACUAGUCGGCGCAGUCAACUGACAGAGUCAACCCACAGGCCCCAGAUUGGACAAAAAGCGAUGAUGGAAACUGGAGUGCAGCUUAAUUUGUCUAUAUAUUCUUGCAGUGGAGAAGGUGAUGACCAAACAAGAGGCUGUUGAUGAGAUCACUACUUUUGAAGGUGGCAAUCAGCAAAGUUUAUCCGGGCGUGCACAGGUGGUGCAAAUGGCAUGUGCUGAAGAAAGUGAAGAACACAUUGGGCCCUCUGUACACGAAGAAGAGUGAGUUCCAGGCUGAGUUCCAUGAGGUUUUGAACCACAUGCUAACUGAAGAUGAGUUUGAGACGGCAUGGUCUGCGCUGUUAGAUAAGUACAAUCUGAGAAAGCACCCCUACAUGACCCAAAUAUAUGAAAUCAGAAAAAGGUGGGCAAAACCAUAUUUCAAGGGUUUUUUCUAUGCCAAGAUGACAGCAUACAACGAAGUGACAACGUUUCCCCAUUUUUGGCUUGUGACAGGGACAGACCGAGGAUCUGCGGAAGAAGAUUGCUUACGAGAUAGUGACAAUGAAAGGGAACAAAGGAGCUAUCCCAGAGUUUCUGUACGAUGAUCGUUGACUGAAGUGGAAGAUAGUGGUAGUUGUAUCUUUUGGCUGUACGUAUGCUAGGCAGUUAGAUUAACCCGACUAAGUAGUUGGGCCAUUUUGCGGCAAAAUCCCCUGCUAUCUUGUAUUUUUGGGUAAACUAUAGUCAUGUAAUUUUUUCCCAGGCGGGAACCUAAUUAGACUAAGUGAAAACUGGUUAUGUUGUGAGACGAAAUGACUAUGU